UCACGUCAUUCAGCGAUUGAUUUAGGACGUUUCUCGAUGAAGCUAGACGAUUCCUGGGAAUGAUAGACAACGGGAGGACAUGACCAAAUUUGGUAUUGGCUGAAUCACUUAAUUGGUUGAUAAAAAUUUACAGAUAAGUUUGAUGAACAGGGAGCAGUCCGAGCGUGGAAGCAACGUAGAGCUUGUUAAAUGUGAAAUAGAUACGCUCUCGAUUUAAUUUUUGGAGGAAAGGUGCCAGUUUGUUUCGUGGUUUGCAGACAUUUUAAAUUAAAAGGAUGAUUGCACCACUAGUGUACGCUGCUAUUUUGGCACUCAAGUAUGCAGAAUGCAUUCCAGCCGAUCACCUUUUUCAGGCAUUUCCGGUGUACACGCACAUCAGAUCGAUAGAGUCAGGAAUAGUGCCUCAAGUAAAACAGUUGCUGCACCACUUCCAGCAAUCUCAGCCGCAAUCUCAGCCUCAACCUCAGCUUCAACCUCAACCUCAGCCUCAACCUCAGCCUCAGCCUCUUCCAGAUCCACAGCCAGACCCUGUGGAGCCCUUCGAAAGCCCUAAAAUCCCAGCGAACCCUGAGCCUUUCGAUCCUUAUGGGGCUCGUCGACAUUACCCCGACCCUCCGGAAAGUCGGGCUCAGCCACAACCCCAAUCUCAACCUGUGCCGGAUCAAACAGCUCCAGAACCACAUCGAGGUUUCAGCAUUGAGGACAUCGAACGAAAGCCCAUAUUCGUGUUCACCACCACCGACGACAAAUCCUACGACAUCGUCUACGCUCUGAGCGGCAUCAGCGGCCUCACCCUGGACCCGGCCACCAAGUACAUCGCCGACUACCUCCUCUCCAACGACACCGAGAAGCUCGUCGUCGUCUUCAGCUAUCAGAACUUCCCGUUCGCCAACCUGCCCAACCUGCCCAUCGCCCGGCUCAUCCUGCCCAACGACUUGCGUAUCUCCUUCUUCGACGUCGCCAACAUAAACAGACCAAUCGUUGCCAUCUUCACCAAGCAGCAGCUCAACGCCCUGGACAGCUUCGUCCAGAACACGCACGUCAGUCUCAUCGGUCAGAUCAAGCUCCCCAAACCCGCGUCAUCGUCGAGGACUAGGAGCAUCCGAAAGUAAAUGACGCACUUUUGGGCGAAACUGAAAUAUCUCAGCGGUUGAGAGAGUAAUGGGGGUGUCAGAUAGGAUGCUUCGAGUUUGGAUGUAAGGGGGAUUCCUCCCUCCUACUGAGUGAUAAAUUUCACCGUUACAAAUCUCGGAAUGCAAUCUGCAGAGAAUUUUCGUCCAAACACGCAUACAUCGUUAAAAAUCGAGGAAAGAAAUUUGGUGCUCGAGUCUAUACGAGCCCAAGAAACUCGAGUGAUACAGGGUAUUCAAAAGUCACGAACCACUGGCUAAAACUUUAAUUCUAAUUAUGAUAUCGAUUUGCGGUUUAGGACGGUUUUCCUCAUAUCAAGGGGGAAAUUUUUUUUAGGUACUUUCCAGUGUUUGAUUCCCUCGGGUAGAGGGGGUCGGGGGGCAACUCAACGAUUUCAAGUGGCCACCCCCCCCCUCAUGGCCAGUGGCGCGUGAAUUUUGAAUAACCCUGUAUGACUGCGAAAUAAAGUUAGCUAAGACUAUAAAAGCGUAUGACACUCCCCAAAAAGAGUAAAUUCCGCUCCGUAAUAAAGUAAGUCACUCCAAAAGGAGAGUAGAUUUUGCUCCGCAUUCAUAUCAGUCAGGGUUUUUUGGCACAACAUGGACUCCGACGCAGAAUUUCGCACCCAAACUUUUAACACCAUAGCUGCCCAAAAAUUCCAAAAGCUAUGCAUUUGUAGCGAAAUCGACUCUUUUUACCUACUUAACUCCACUCUGAAGGAGCGAAUUUUCCUCCACAUUCAUAUCCCUCCGGCGGAUGACAGUCAAAUGCGCUCUGAUAUUAAAUAAAUUCUGGGGUUUACCUCAUAAUUCCUGA